UUGAACUGGCUACUGGUUUAGGCCUCCCUGUGCCCAUGGACACAUGUGUGUUUGGGGUUGGGAGAGAGGGAGAGAGGCCCGGUUUUCGGUCCACGUUCUCCACCCAAAUCGAACCAAAGGACUCUUGGUUCUUCACCGCUUACAUUUCCAUCCACCCACUGGUAGCUCGCGUGGGGACAUCCCGGGCCAUCCCCGGGUCUGAUUGGGUGAUAGCAUGGCUCUAGCGGUGAAUUGGUCGCCCUUGGUGGGUUGGACCGGACGCGAGCCCGACGUGGUCACGGUGGAAUGCUCCGUCGUGACCGGAUUUGAGUUGGCCGCCCAACAAGAGGUUCAAGAUCGAUUGGGCGUGGCCGCUGCGGCCAUUGUGCCUCAUCAGGGACGCGUCAUCUUCGAUAUCGCGGGCUCGCAGCUGCCCCAGGUGCUGAGUUUGCGAACCAUUGACAACGCUUGGAUCUUAGUGGGUGUCAUCCCCCAAAUGGAUCUGACCGGCCCAGAGGACGAGACUCUCGAGCGUCUGAUUGCCCUCCUACCCGACCUCGAUUGGCCCCGGGGCUUGGCCGCCUGGCGACGGAUCUUCAACCGACCUCACCUCAACUUUGAUUCGGAUCAGGGGAUCGAUUCUGAGCCCAUCAAACGCGUCAAGAUCAUCGGUGACGAGGGCGACACCUCACCAGACUCAAUUCCUUCUUUUCGCUGUACGUGCUAUCGCACGGGAACGGGUCAUGCUUUCGGAUCUAUGGAUGCAGCCAAAGCCAUUGGCGGUGCUAUUCAAGACAAGUUUCAAUGGCGCGUCCGUAUGAAGGACUUUGACAUUGAAGUGGUCGUUAACAUUGACAUCAGCCAAGUCUACUUUGGCAUCUCGCUCACCCAUGUUAGCCUCUUCAAGCGCAAUAUCGAGCAUUUCGGUCCCACGACGCUCCGCGCUACGAUAUGUAGUUCGUUGCUUAAAUUAGCCAACAUUCAGCCUGGUGAUGUGGUGGUGGAUCCCAUGUGUGGUGGUGGAUCGAUUCCCAUUGAAGGCGCAUUAGGUUACAGACAGGGCUUCUAUUUGGCGGGCGAUUAUCACGAGUUGGCUUGUGGCCGAACCAAAGACAAUAUCCAAGCUCUAGUAACCAGAGACAACAAGGGUUUGCCAAUUGAUGGAUUCCAAUGGGACGUCACCUCCAUCCCAUUGAAGACAGCCAGCGUGGAUGUAUUUGUGACCGACUUGCCUUUCGGGAAGCGCAGUGGCUCGAAAGCCGAUAAUCGCGUGCUCUAUCCUCGUGUGUUGUUGUCCAUGGCCCGUGUGGUCAAACCCAAUUCGGGUCGUGCCGUUUUGUUAACGCAAGACAAAACGUCGAUGUUCAAGAGUACGGGAAAGUUCAGUGCGUACUGGAAGACUACGAAGCAUUCCUACUGCAACAUCGGAGGGCUUGCUGCCUUGGUCUUUAUGAUGACUCGCACGGACAAAAUGCCCGAUGAUCCAUCCUCGGAAGGAAGACCCGCGAGCACCUCCUAGAAUGCUACCACCUACACUUCUAAACGCUCUCAUCACAACAACGAAGGAAAAAGGUGUUUUGGAAACCAUGCCAGUAUAGUUUUUAUGAUUUCUUGGUUUCGUACUUUUGAGAUUUGAAUAGGCACCUCAAAUAUAUUGCUCAAAAACUA